AUGGCGGACCACAAAGGUGCCUACGGCGCCUCCUCAAGCAACGAUACCUCUUUCCGCAAAACCUGGGAUAGAUCAGAAUAUGCAGCAAAAGCCGCCGACCGAGACCAGAAAAUCAAGGAAGAGGGCAAAGCUCGAUAUCAAGCUACUCUAGAAGGGAAGAAGUAUCAUCGUCGAGCCUCUACACCUGAGGACACAAAGGACACCGAAGCCCGGAGCGCUCGUCUCAAUGUUGCAGAUAAGGUCGGCAAGACACAGAUCAUAGUCGCGGGAGCAGGCCAAGGCAAACGAGGAAAGAGUGCUGGUUUCUACUGCGAGGCUUGCGAUCUGACGUACAAGGACAAUCUGCAAUUCGUGGAGCAUUUGAACAGCCGGCAGCAUCUUGUGGCUACUGGUGAAUCUGGUGAGGUGAGGAGGGCGGCGCUGGAAGAGGUCAAAGAUAGAUUUGAGUAUUUGAAGCGGAAGAGGGAAGAGGAGAAGGCGAGAGAGGUAGUGGAUCUGACUAGUCGCAUUGAAGUCGCGAGAGAUCAGGAGGAGAGGGAGAGGGAGGAGAAGAGACGGAAAAGGAAUGAGAAGCGGAGGAAGACGAAGGACGGGUUGGGUGUGCAGGAGAUCAAGGUUGAGAAUGAUGGGCGCGGUUAA